UCUUUGCUUCAGCACCUAGACAGUAGCAGGCAAGACUUCCUAUUUUCAUCAUGACCGGCAGGUGCAUCCUCCAAAUUGCUCUCUUGGCGUGUUUCUUCACCACCGUGCAUUCCGUGAGCUACAAGUUGCUUGGAUUCCAACUAAGAAGCAGCAGUUUGGAGUGUCAGGAGCUCCUGCUGAACUUGAACAGAACCUCUAAAUAUUGCCUCAAGGACAGGAUGAACUUCGAGGUCCCUGAGGAGAUUAAAAAAUCACAGCGGUUCCAGAAGGAGGAAGCCAUAUUGGUCAUCAACGAGAUGUUCCAGAAGAUCUUUAAUAUUUUCAGUAGAAACACCUCUAGCACGGGAUGGAAUGAGACCACUGUUGAGAACCUCCUUGCGACACUCCACUGGCAGAAGGAACACCUGGAAACGAUCCUGGAGGAAAUCAUGGAGGAGGAAAACUUCACCUGGGACAAUACGACCCUUCUGCACCUGAAGAAAUACUACUUAAGGAUCGUGCGGUACCUGAAGGCCAAGGAGUACAGCAUCUGUGCCUGGACAGUAGUCCAAGCAGAAAUCCUCAGGAACUUUUUCUUCCUUGAGAGACUUACAGAUUAUCUCCAAAACUGAAGCUCUCCCAGCCUGUACCUCUGGGAAUGGACGAUGCUGGCAAUGGAUUCAGGGAUUCUUCAACUCACAGAGACUCUGUAAGUGACUGGCAGCUAAUGUACUCCAUGUCAAAGAACAAAGACUUUAAAUUGUUUUAUUAAUAUAUGCAUUAAGUUAUUUUUCUAUUUAUUUAAAUUUUUCCCCGG